GGCGCUCUUCGAUUCCGCCGGCACGGGAGUUUCUCCAUCUCUCAGCUUUUGGAGACAGCGCUAGGAUGAGCUACGAGCACCGCCGGGACUGGAGUCGUGGGGCUGGGUCCCGGACUUCCCAGUCGUCGUCGUCGUCCUCCUCCUCCGCCUCGUCCUGUCGUGGAGGUGGCAGAGGCGGCGGUCGCGGCCGACCGCCCCCUCACCUGAAGGGCCGUGAAAUUGGACUGUGGUACGCGCGGAGGCAAGGCGAAAAGAGCAAAGAGACCGAGAGGCAGCAGAGAGCUGUAGUGCGCAUGGAUGAGCGCAGGGAAGAACAGAUUGUACAGUUGCUGAACACUGUCCAGAACAAAAAUGAGAAAGAACAAGAAGCCAUGUCUUGGUGGUCUGAUGAAGAAGGGUAUACAAAAGAGGCUCCUGCAAAAUCAAAGCCUGUUGUUGUGGAGAAGCCUGUUAUGGAAAAGACUCCAGAAAGAACUAAACCAAUCCUGGAAAAAACAUUCCAAGAUAAAGAUUUAGAGUAUCUCUUACAAGAAAGUAAGCCAGAUACUGAUUUAGAUGAACAGCUUAAAGAAGAAUUGAAAAGGAAAAAAUCUGAUUCCAGAUACAUUGAUAUGCAGAGAUUUCGUGAGAAACUGCCUUCUUACGGAAUGAGGAAGGAGCUUGUAAAUCUCAUAAACAGAAGUCGUGUAACUGUUAUAAGUGGUGAGACUGGUUGCGGAAAAACAACCCAAGUUACUCAGUUUAUUUUGGAUGACUAUAUUGAAAGAGGGAAGGGUUCUUCCUGCAGAAUUGUAUGUACUCAGCCUAGGAGGAUCAGUGCUAUAUCUGUAGCAGAGAGAGUUGCAGCAGAAAGGGCUGAAGUUUGUGGUAAUGGAAAGAGCACUGGAUAUCAAAUUCGUCUUGAAAGCCGGUUGCCAAGGAGACAAGGUUCAAUUUUGUACUGCACAACAGGAAUUGUCCUUCAGUGGCUCCAGUCAGACAAGCAAUUGUCUAGUGUUAGUCAUAUAAUUCUUGAUGAAAUCCAUGAAAGAAAUCUUCAGUCAGAUGUUUUAAUGACAAUCAUCAAAGAUCUGCUAAGUAUACGACUAGAUCUGAAAGUCAUACUUAUGAGUGCUACACUGAAUGCUGAGAAGUUUUCAGAAUAUUUUGAUAAUUGUCCUAUGAUCCAUAUUCCUGGCUUCACCUAUCCUGUCAAAGAGUACCUUUUAGAAGAUGUAAUUGAGAAGCUACGAUACACUCCAGAAAAUACAGAUCGGCGAUCCCACUGGAAGAAGAGGUUUAUGCAGGGGCGUAUAAGCAGGCCAGAAAAGGAAGAAAAGGAAGAAAUUUAUCAGGACCAAUGGCCAGAUUAUUUAAAGCAGCUAAAAGGACGGUAUUCAGAAAGUACAAUUGAUGCAUUGGAAAUGAUGGAUGAUGAUAAAAUCGACCUUGAUUUGAUUGCUGCACUAAUCAGAUAUAUUGUUCUUGAAGAAGAGGAAGGUGCAAUACUGGUAUUUCUCCCUGGAUGGGACAACAUUAGCUCUCUUCAUGACCUUCUGAUGUCUCAAGUUAUGUUCAAGUCAGAUAAGUUCAUUAUCAUACCACUGCAUUCGUUGAUGCCUACUGUUAACCAGACCCAAGUGUUUAAAAAGACCCCUCCUGGAGUUCGCAAAAUUGUCAUUGCUACUAACAUAGCUGAGACGAGCAUAACCAUAGAUGAUGUUGUAUAUGUUAUAGAUGGAGGAAAGAUAAAGGAAACUCACUUUGAUACACAGAACAACAUUAGCACAAUGGCUGCAGAGUGGGUUAGCAAAGCAAACAGCAAGCAAAGAAAAGGAAGGGCAGGAAGAGUCCAGCCAGGCCACUGCUAUCACUUGUACAAUGGUCUUCGUGCCAGUCUGCUAGAUGAUUAUCAGUUGCCAGAAAUCCUGAGAACUCCCUUGGAAGAACUAUGUUUGCAAAUCAAGAUCUUGAAACUUGGACUAAUUGCUAAUUUUUUGAGCAAGCUAAUGGAUCCACCAUCACGUGAUGCUGUGAUGCUGUCGAUACAACAUCUCAAGCAGCUGAAUGCAUUGGACAGACAAGAAGAAUUGACACCUCUUGGAGUCCAUUUGGCACGAUUACCAGUGGAGCCACACAUAGGAAAAAUGAUUCUCUUUGGAGCUUUGUUCUGUUGCUUAGAUCCUGUUCUGACUAUUGCAGCCAGCCUCAGCUUCAAGGACCCCUUUUUCAUUCCCUUGGGCAAAGAAAAAGUAGCAGAUGCAAGAAGAAAAGAACUAUCAAAGAAUUCUAAGAGUGACCACCUCACAGUUGUGAAUGCUUUCAAGGGUUGGGAAGAAGCCCAGCGGCGUGGCUUCAGGUGUGAGAAGGAUUACUGUUGGGACUAUUUCCUUUCUUCAAAUACUCUGCAGAUGCUGCGUAACAUGAAAGGGCAGUUUGCUGAGCAUCUCCUUGCAGCUGGGUUUGUGAGCAGUAGAAGCCCCAAAGAUCCCAAAUCCAACAUUAACUCAGAUAAUGAAAAGUUGCUGAAAGCUGUUAUUUGUGCUGGCUUAUAUCCCAAGGUUGCAAAAAUUCGAGCAAACUUCAGCAAAAAGAGAAAAAUGGUUAAAGUUUCCACUAAAACAGAUGGAACAGUUUGCAUUCAUCCAAAAUCUGUGAAUGUUGAGGAGACAGAGUUCCAUUACAACUGGCUUGUUUACCACUUGAAAAUGAGGACCACCAGUAUAUACCUGUAUGAUUGCACAGAAGUUUCGCCAUACUGUCUUUUGUUCUUUGGUGGAGAUAUUUCUAUUCAGAAGGACAAAGAUCAGGAUACAAUUGCCGUGGAUGAAUGGAUUGUCUUUCAGUCUCCAGCAAGAAUAGCACAACUAGUGAAGGAUUUGAAACAAGAAUUAGAUGACCUUCUACAAGAGAAAAUAGAAAACCCACAACCUGUAGACUGGAACAAUACUAAAUCAAGGGACACAGCAGUGCUGACAGCCAUUAUAGACUUAAUCACAACACAGGAGAAUGAAACAGCUAGAAACUAUGCCCCUCGUUUCCAGAAUGAACAAUACAGUUAACACUGUUACUUUGCUGCUGAAGGGAUGACCGUUCUACAAGGGGUGUGUUUUUUGUUUUGGCUAGUUUAUCUUUCAGCAUCCUAAAAUUCCAUUUUUAAUGUUGGUUUAUAAUGGCUUUGUGUAUAUGGCAUGCAAUGUAUAAAGUAGUUGUAAACAUAGUUGCCGGUGCUGUAUAGUCUGUGUUAUUGUUUAUGUUAUAUCUAUAUGCUAAUUAUUACAGACUGUAACUUUUGUUGGGUAAAAGCUUGAAUGAAACUGAAAA